AUGCGUCUAGAGUCUAGCAUAUUUGCACACAUAUUACUUCAAUUCAAGCAUCACAUCUUGAAGAAAAUGGUUUCUCUCGUGUUAACAGUUUUACUUCUCUUUUCAACUUUCUCUUCUCCUCUUGUACAGGCUGCUCAUAAUCCAAUUGAUGCUUGCUGGCGAAGAAACCGUAAUUGGGCGUCAAACCGUCAUGCCCUAUCCAAUUGCGCUGUAGGGUUCGGGAAAUCCGCGAUAGGGGGCAGACAGGGCCCGCUCUACGUGGUUACAAGCCCAUCAGACAGCCCUGGAGCCCCUAAACCGGGAACCUUAAGAUACGGUGCGACCCAAGCUAAACCGCUAUGGAUCACAUUCGCGAGUGACAUGGUCAUAGUGCUGCAAAGCGAGCUCAUGGUGAACAGCUACAAGACGAUAGACGGGAGAGGAGCAAAAGUGGAAAUCGGAAACGGGCCGUGCAUAGCGAUCCAACGUGUGAGCCACGUCAUUAUACAUGGGAUAGCUUUUCGUGGUUGUAAAUUGGCUAAAGGAUGGGAUGGUGACGCGAUCCGCGUGUCUCAGUCUUCACAUGUUUGGAUCGAUCAUUGUCACUUAUCUCGGUGUCAAGAUGGUUUGAUCGAUGUGAUUCUUUCUUCUACGUCGGUCACUAUUUCAAAUAAUUAUUUCAGGGAGCACGAUAAAGUGAUGUUGCUCGGACACGACGACAGUUAUAUGGGGGAUAAGAAAAUGAGAGUUACAGUUGCGUUUAACUAUUUUGGACCGGGUCUCAUUGAGAGAAUGCCUAGGGUGAGGAGAGGGUAUGCGCAUGUAGCAAACAAUAUGUACGAUAAAUGGCAAAUGUAUGCGAUCGGAGGAAGUGCUGAUCCAAUUAUCUUCAGUGAAGGCAACCACUUCGUUGCUGGCCCUAAAAAACAGGUGACGAAGAGAAUGGGUACUGGAAAUUCAAGAAAUUGGAAAUGGGGUACGUCUAAGGACGUUUUCAUGAACGGAGCUUUCUUUAUACCGUCCGGCGGAAGUUCCGUCACGCCGUCGUAUGUAUUUGGAGAGACGUUUCCGGUGGCCCACGGCUCUGCCGUACCUUCUCUUACUUCCUCCGCCGGUCCUCUCCCUUGCGUCCCGGGCAAGAUUUGCUAA